CUGUCUUUCUGGCGAAUCCGCGAAGUGCGACUCGAAGUACUGCACUAUCCGUAUGCUCCAUCGUGCCCCCGACCGUGACUGUGUGUCAGGCUCUGACGGAUGUCCUCUGCUCCCCAAAGACACGAGCACCUGUAGAAAGACAACAAACUUCUCCAAAAGCUUGUUCCUCAGGUCGACGGCCUCCCCUUCUAGUACCUCAACAGUCGACCGAGAAUCAAGUAACGGUGCAUCCGACAGGGAAUCUGGGCGGUGCGCAACUUCCCACCAAAGAGUGUGGUCUAAGAGGACCACGGCUGUGUAGCAGAAUGAUGCAUCCCCUUGUAUGUCCAAUA